UGUUGCUUAUAAUUCUACAGAAACUUUGAUAUUUGAUAAUCAGAUCUAAUAUUGUUAACGAUUUAAGCGAUAAUUUGUAUCCCAAAUGGCAACUUUAAAAAGUUUCACGUGUGGUGUUAUUUGCAUUAGUGGGUGCAACAUUAUUUCUCAAACGGCAAGAAAUGAAGAAAUCAUUCAACAGAAGAUUACAUUAGAAGAUGUGAAAGAAAAAGAUCAAGACUCAAAGGAUUCUGGUUCAGACAACAAUGCAGACAAAUGUGUCACCUCAACCAAAAAUCACAUUCUAGCAUCCUGUUGCUCAGAUUCUGGGAAAUACUUAGCUCUUAGUGAUGAUAUAAAACAACUUUAUCUAUACAAGUUUGAUGCAGAAUGGAAAAUCAUUAAUCGCAGACCAGUUCCAAGAAGAUGCACAGCCUUGACCUUCACAAAAGAUGAAAAGUAUGUGUUACUCUCAGACAAGACAGGAGAUGCCUAUAGAUUUUGUAUAGAUGAUGAGACACAUGGUGGAGAGCUGCUGUUAGGUCAUCUAUCUAUGGUGUUAGAUAUAGUUGUUGCAAGAAAUGAUGAAUUCGUGGUAACUUGUGAUAGAGAUGAAAAGAUCAGAGUCAGUUGUUAUCCUAACUCCUAUAAUAUCCACAGUUACUGCUUAAAACAUUCAGAGUAUGUGGCCAGUAUUAUAUACAUUAAAGACCAUGACUUAUUAGUAUCAGGUGGUGGAGAUGGUAAGGUCAUUAUAUGGAAUUUGAAUGGAGAGGUUCUUUGUGAAGUUGAGUGUAAAACAGCAGAGGAAAGCUUCCUUACUGAUAGUCCUAUGGCAGAAGAAACUGAUAGCUAUCCCAUCAAGAAAUGUGUAUAUCAGAACAAAUUAAACCUAAUAUGUGUUUGCUUUUAUAAUUCUACUAAAGUACAUGUAUACAAAUUGAAUAUCACAGACAGUGUGAUUGGCUGUGAUUUAUGUGAUGUUAUAUUGGUAAACAAGGAACCCUGGGAUAUCUGCUGUGAAUCAUGUCAAAACUUGAAUGUGUUACAGCCAGUAGAAGGGGAGACAAUCAUAGUAUACAAUUUGAUUUGUCAGAAUAAUACAGUUAAGGCAGUGAAAGCAAAAUCAGAAACUUCAGAUCCCUGGGUUACAACAUUAGAGAAUUUAAACAAAGACUGGAUAUUUUUCCAAGCAUCAGAAGAUCUUCCAAGUAUGUACCAAGGGUUGACGAAACAAAAAAUAGACCAGAAUAUGAAAGACUAUUUGGAAAAGAAACAAAUUCGACUGAGUGGACAAAAAAUUCCACAACCACCUCCAAAAAAGGUUAAACAGAGAUAAUAACAAUAAAUUUAAA